AUGGCAAAACAAUUGAAUGAGUUUUUAUCACCACGAGUAAUGACAGGUGCAGAUGUGAAGGCAAAAAUAACGAAUCUCGUUGCUGAAUAUAGAAAAAAAAGAAAAGAAUCAGGCAAAACAGGUAGUAGUCCGUCGUCGUGGCGAUAUUUUGAACAAAUCGACAAACUUCUCGGUAAAGAACAAUGUUUUUUUCAUUAUAGUAUCAUUUAUACCUUUUAUUUAUCUCGGCGACUAGGUGAACGUCCUUUUAAUGACGAGAGUCUUAUUUCUGAUUCAAUAUCUCUUGAAGAAGAACAAUUUCUUGAAGAAAUUGAAAAUGCUUCAGCUUCUGAUUUGAAUCUAAAUUCGUUAACAAAAGAUGAUGAUGAUGAUGAUAAUAUAUCCAAUUUAAUCAAAGAUAUUGAAGAAUCUACAAAUAAUUCUGAUCAUCGAUCAUGCAAUUCAAAAAGUCCAUCUAAUUCAAUAUCUAUACAAAAAAAUACGACCUCGAACACGUCUGACAUGUCGAACAAAAAAAGUUUAUCAUCAAAAAAGAAGAAAGUGGCAGAUAUGCGUAUAGAACUUAUUCGACAAAUGAUCGACAGAAUUGAUGGUGCUAAUGAAAUAGCUACUAAAGCAGAAUCAAAGGCAUUGCUUUUAUUGGAAAAACAAACAAAAUUACAAGAAGAGAGUUUGAAUAAUGAGAAAGAAUUUUUGAACGUAUUUAGAAGUAUUGCAAACAGUUUUAAUACACCACGAUAA